CACGUCUACCUGUGUUCCUAUACAAGUCAUCGUUCUCACGUCUUCAAUCGUAGCAUCUACAUCCUACGAGCCGAAUAUCAAUCAUGGACGCACAAAGCAAGGAACAGAAAGGGGAACGAUCGAUCAAACCUUUGACCGCCGAGGAACUUGAACAACAGAAGCAGAAGGCCGACGAGAUAAUGAAAGCCACGAGACUUAAAUUGGUAGCCAAAUACGGGGAUUUGAGCGAAGAUGAUUUAUGGGCACACUAUUCACGCGAAGUGCUUGUGAAAUGCGCACGAACGCAAGGAAAGAUGAAGGUCGCUAGCCCAGAUGAAAACCCGUCCAAAGGCAGCUCUGUCCCGAAAGUCUUUGGCUUCCGCUUUUCUUCAGCUCACCACAACGCCGACACUUCCGCACCUGCUCCUACCAGCGUUCUUCCUCUCGCCUUCGGUCACUCUCCCUCCAGUACUACCUCCUCUCCUUCUACCACCGAAAACAUACUCAAUCCAGACAUCUCCGACAAGGACCAAGAGAGGGUCAUGCAGAUGCGCCAAUUCGAUCACGAGAGAUCCAUGCAGGCCGACAGGCUCGAGCACGAGAAGGAGUUGAUGAGGAUGCGCUACGCCCAUGAGACCAAACUACGUGAGGGCCAGAUGGAGCUUUCAGAGAAGUACAAGCACGAACAAGCUUUGAAGAAGAUCGAGUUGGAGCAGCAGCAGGCUAUGAGGAGGAUCGAAUUGGAUCACGCGAAGGAUGUGAAGAGGGCGGAGGUGACGGACAAUUACAAGCACGAGCAGGCUUUGAGGAGGAUCGAAUUGGAGCAUGAGAAGGAUAUGAGAAAAGUGGAGUUGGAGCACGAACAGGUGAUGAAGCGUUUCGUUUGGGAGAACGAUCAGGUCAAGAUGAAGUUGGGUACGGAGCUUGAGACUAGCCUGAAGCGAGUCCUUUCGGGACAAGAGGGAGGGAUGAAAAAGUUAGAUCUGGAACACGAACAAGGGUUGAAGAAGUUGGAGUUGAAUCAUGAGCAAGGGUUGAAGAGGUUGGAGCAAGAGGAGAGGAUCAAGGAGAAAGAGUUGGCUCACGAGUGCGAAGUGAAGAAAUUGGAGCUGUGGCACGUGGAAAGGGUCACCAAGGAUAAAGAGGAACGUAACGAUAGGAUUGCGGAGGCGAAGCUGGAUAUCGGCCAUGAGUCUGCCGAUGAUGAGGACGAGAAGCCCGAUGAGUCUUCCUAGGUUCACAUCCCUGGGUCAAUCCCGAAUCGUCACAUAUUACAAGCCUUGAAUUCUACCUUACGACCCCCACUCAUUCGACCGGAAAUCAGUUCUCGAUCACGUCCAUCGACCUUUCACGAAUACAACCUCACACAUACUCAGUAGACAUACUUCCACGUCCUAAAGCUUAUGGUUCAGCAAUCUGUUGAGACAUCUAUGAUUGUAAUAAGUAAGCUUCAUCGCAAGCUGUCGAUCAAAUUAUGCUCAAUCCCAGAA